AUGGCGCCAUCGUCCAACACCUCCGAACAAGGCGGCUUCUCGGGAUGGGUCGCUAAGCCUCCCCGCAUGCGGACGGCUUGUACGCAGUGCCACGCCGCAAAGAUUCGGUGUAGCGGGGACAAGAGCGGCUGUCAGAGAUGCAACAGCCUAGGUCUUCACUGCGAGUACGUCGUGUCCAUGGUCGGCAGGACACCCAAGCGACAGCGCAAGAGUUCCGAAGCCCGAUCGCAGAGAGCGCAUCCGUCACCGCCCGAAAGUCAGCCAUCCGAGCAGUCGCUGCCUAGGUCGUCCUGCCCGUCGACCAGCGGCUCCGUCAGCGAAACCCCAGUGUCUGCCGCGAACGCCCCGGGGGACAACUUCGACCCCUCGCGGACCAUAUUCGUCUCGGGCCCGCACAUGCCCCAGACGGACUUUACAGACGAUCAACUCUUCGACUACCUCAAUGACGACAGUUGGGCUUCCGGAGGGGCGGCCUGUCCCACAGGCAUCGACGACGGUCAGAGCUUCCCGGAGGCGACGGGCUUCGAAAUUGAAGGCUUUUCUAUACCGCAAGACUUGAACCCUACAACGACCAGCGGACCACCGUCAACCAUGGCUAUGUCGGUGCAUCAGCCCCCGCCGUUGACCUCUGGGAUGCCAAGCUUCUUCCCAAUGAGCCCUCGAUCACCCAGCCACAGUUCAGGCGCAGCCUCAGGGCAGAAUGGCCAAGACUGGACGCAAUUUGUGCACGUCGUGGCCCUCUGUAAGAUGGUGCGACUACUCGAGAGUCACGUCCAGACCAGAUCGACCGCUGUGGACGAAGUAAUGCGCCUGAACCAGGCCUGCAUCCGGGACAUCUCCAAGAUAUCAGCAAAGAAAGAGUAUAUGCAAUGCAGGAGCUGCCCUGCUUUGAUCUCCACCAUCAUGGAGCUCAUUGUUACGCUCUACGAAGACAUUACAAAGAACCCCAGUCACGAGCAGCUGGCUUCGUCCGCGAUGUCGAAGCCCAACGCCCCAUUUUUGCAAUUCGGGGUCUUCGAGCUCGACCCCGAGGAGCAGACCAUGAUCCGCAACAGGAUCAUCCGCAAAGAGGCCCAAAAAUGCGUCCAGAUCAUACAGGUCCUGAAGCGGCUGCUCGAAUCCGAGGUAAACACCCCGGAUAAGGCUUCCUCACAAUCCCUGGCACUAGGGAACUGGUACGAAGGAAUGGAGAAGAGGAUGAGCGAUCUCGUUUCGAGUUUGAUGCCGUCAACGUAG